ACGGAUACAAAAACGGAAUUCAAAACAUAACACUUGCGCGCGCAACGCCAUAAAUGAUUACCCUCUGGAGCCACGCUAAAAAGCCCAGUCAAUCGUUAACUUAUUUAAAAAAGCCCUUUAGCACGGUCACCCCGUUAAUACGGGCAGAUUUUUGUGGCCCGUUGGUGACCGGAUUAACGGGGUUCCACUCAGUGUAGAAUGAUUUCUAAGAACAAGUAUCAAGAUUUGAGGGUCUUACUACGAAUUUUUCUGAAUAGAUCAACUUCGUUUGAGUUUGAAUUUAAUCCGAACUUUAUGAUUAUUUUCAGCACCUACCCGCGAAGGUAAGUAAAAUAUCUAGAAAGGUAGUGGAUUUGUUCAAAUUCGGCUGUUCACGCUGAAAAAUUAUUCAAUGAUUUUGUUUAAUUUAACUUGCUGCAUUUCCUCAUUCGGAUUAUUAAGCGUUUGUUUUCUGAGGUCAACAGAGUAGAAUAGAGUAAGUUUUCGUGUUUACAAGAGACUGCAGUGAUUCUACGAACCUUUUAUCAGUAACUCAAACACGUACUCCUAAAGAUUAAUAUUGAUGGGAAAAAACUAUAUAAGGUUAUCUAAUGAUCUUGGUAAAUAUAAUAUUUUUGGACAAAACAGAAAAGAAUAAGCAAAUAAAGGGGUCAUGUUGCAGCUCUCGCAAGGUCUCACAUGAAUGGCUUAAAACCCUUUGAACAAACAACAGAAACAAUGCCCCCUAGCCCCAAAACAAUAACAGCUGCUGCAAUGACGACAAAUAGAAUUACAAGCUUACAAGAGCUGCUACACUACGGAAAUAAAGAUCAGAUACCCUACAAUAAUGAAUCAUACCGGUAGUUAAUUUCUUUUAUUUUAUUAUUUUUUUUUUUAUGACUGUAACCUUUCUUGCUGUAACUAACUGGUAUGGUUUUACUUGAAGUGGAUGGCUGCACAAAUUACACAGUCCUGAGUGAAGCAGACCGCGCUCAAGGAAACGCAGAACCGCCUCAUGACAGAGACGACAGUAGCUUGGUAACGGGUUGGUAUCGUUUUCAAGGAGCUGCCGGGGAUCAGAUGUCGGACAAAUGUGUACUUAAAUAUCGCUGCGGUACUGGGGGUCCAGGUUGGCUUAAUGGUGCACACCCGACAGUCGCUGAAGGAGUGGUGACACGUAAAGUCUGUUACACUGAAAACGACGACUGCUGUUAUUGGAAUAACAUCAUUAAAGUGAAGAACUGCAACUCUUACUACGUGUAUGAGUUACAGAAGACACGUUCUUAUCGCUAUUGUGGUAACGCCGGCGCUGUGGAUGGUUGUACAAAUUACACAGUCCUGAGUGAAGCAGACCGCGCUCAAGGAAACGCAGAACCGCCUCAUACUAGAAGCGAUGGUAGCCUGUUAACGGGUUGGUAUCGUUUCCAAGGAGCUGCCGGGGAUCAGAUGCCGGACAAAUGUGUUCUUAGGUAUCGCUGCGGUACUAACCAUUCAGGUUGGCUGAAUGGUGCACACCCGACAGUCGCUGAAGGAGUGGUGACACGUCAAGUCUGUUAUAGUUGGUACAGUGACUGCUGUGAGGAUAGUAACAUCAUUAAAGUGAAGAGCUGCGGCUCUUACUACGUGUAUGAGUUACAGAGGACACCUACUCCGCUCAGUCGCUAUUGUGGAAACGCCGGCGCUGGUAAGUUACAUUGAUCAGUUGUGUUAAUAGCCAACCUGAAUGACUGAAAAUAUACCAUGAGCCUGAAAUAAGUUGACAAACCUCCCUGCGUAUCUAAUCGAACAAAAUCGAACCAAAAUUCAAUCGAACUCAAUCGAAGACCGCAUCGUUCGUUUGAGUUCGGUAAUCCAACAAAAUCGAACAUCUAUUUUGCUGUGAGUUAGGUCAGAGAGUUUGUUAACAGAGGAAAACAAUUCAAGAGGAAAGGACGUUUCUUCCGUGAGCUAAUAAUA